GUGCUUGGUUCUUCUGAGAAAGCUAAGGCCGCGUUGGGGUGAGGCCCUCACUUCAUCCAGCGACUAGCACCGCGCCUGGCAGCGCUAUCUCAGUACUCGCUCACGCCAUGGCCUCCAUCUCAGAGCUCGCCUGCAUUUACUCAGCCCUCAUUUUGCAUGACGAUGAGGUGACCGUCACGGAGGAUAAGAUAAAUGCCCUCAUUAAAGCAGCUGGUGUAAAUGUUGAACCUUUUUGGCCUGGCUUAUUUGCAAAGGCCCUGGCUGAUGUCAACACUGGGAGCCUCAUUUGCAAUGUAGGGGCUGGUGGACCUGCUCCAGCAGCUGGUGCUGCACCGGCAGGAGGUCCUGCCCCCUCCACUGCUGCUGCCCCAGCUGAGGAGAAGAAACUAGAAGCAAAGAAAGAAGAAUCUGAGGAAUCUGAUGAUGACAUGGGCUUUGGUCUUUUUGACUAAAUCUUUUUUGUAAUGUGUUCAAUAAAAAGUUGAAUUCUGCUGUCAAAAAAAUUUUUUUCCAGUUUCUAGGCCAGGCAUAGUGACUGAUGCCUGUAAUCCUAGCUAGCAGUUUGGGAGGCCAAGGUGGGAGGAUCGCUUGAGUGUUUUGAGACCAGCCUGAGCAACAUAGCAAGAUCCCGUCUCUACAAAAAAUAAUUUUAAAAAUCAACUGGAUAGGCUCAGCACCUAUAGCUCAGCAGCUAGGGCGCCAGCCAUGUAC